AUGACAGUCGACAACGCAACUGCAAAAACCAAAUUCAUAUAUGAACUUGGAAAACUACUGCCACAUUUUGAUUCGGAUAAUCAACAUUUUCGGUGCAUUGCUCACAUCUUGAACCUGGGCGCACAAGAUUUAUUGAAUAACUUAGCGUUAAAUAUUGAAACUGACAGUCAAGAACAAGAACAGCAGUGUGAAGACGAAGAAGAGCAAGUUAAAGAAUAUGUGCCAAAUAUUUCUGACUCAAAUCCAAGGCACAAAUCUCAGACUUUCCAUGUGACAAUGUGGGGACAACAACUAAAAUCUGAAAGCCUGCGUAAAUUUGAAGAACUUUAUAAGGAAUAUAAAAACCUACACGCAGUGCCUGGAUCUCCAGGAUUACCAAGACAUGACAAUGAAGUAUGUGAAUGUGAUGAAGACGAAGACGCGCUGGCCGACCAGGAGUCAAGGGUCGUACAGACUAACUCGGGCGCUCUACGCAGACUGAACCUACUCGAGCAACACGCACGUGAAACAAAUGUCGAAAUAAAUGGAAUCCCCGAGCACAAGCCUGAAAAUCAUGUCUCCGUAUUUAAGCAAUUAAGUUCUGCGGUUUCAAGACCCAUUGCUGAUACUAAUGUUCUGUUUUGCACGCGGGUUCGGAAGAUGGAUGAUUCUAGUGAAAGGUCAUGCGCUAUUGUAGUGAAGCUCCCUAGCACUGAAAUACGUGACGAAAUCCUGGCUGCUGUUGCCAAAUUUAAUAAAGCCACUCCAUCUGAAAAGCUUCACUCUGGACACCUCGGCUAUGGUGGAAAAACGUCGCCGAUAUUUGUAUCAGAACACCUGGCUCCAUAUUACAAAGCACUUCACGCUCGUACGAGACAUGUUGCCCGAGAUAAGGAUUAUAAAUACGUAUGGAUUCGCAACGGCCGUAUCUUCGUUCGGAAAAAUGAUCAGUCUCCUGCUAAACAAAUCAAGUCGUAUGAAAACCUGAAUAACCUGUAA